AUGGCCAAAAAGCCCAAGAACAAGCAGAUUGUUGGAAAGGGGCUCAAAGGUGCGCUACUGAAGCACUUUGUCAAUGAGCAAUUGAAGCAAAAUAGACAACAAGCCGUCAAGGAAGCCAUCACAAAAAAAGCUGAUAAAGAGAAGUCUAUCAAGAGUGGUAGGAGCAAAGGCUCUAAGAAACAGCAGCAUCAUAUUAAGGCUUUAGUGCCAUUUAAUCGUGAUGAAACGCUUCUACUAGUUGGGGAAGGCGAUUUCUCUUUUGCCAGCUCACUUGUCAGAAAUCACCUCAUUAAUCCAGAAAAUCUAAUCGCAACCAGCUACGAUUCCGAGGAGGAAAUCAAGUCCAAGUAUCCAGGAGCCGAAGAUCAUCUACUAUAUUUGAAAAAUGAGGGGUCCAGGGUCCUACAUCAAGUCGAUGCCACCAACAUCCCAUUUGCAUUGAAGCUAGUCAACGCUAAUCGCAAGAAAACGGGAACCAAGUUGUUCACGCCAUACAAAAAACUAAACCAUGUGAUGUUCAAUUUUCCACACACCGGCCGCGGAAUGAAAGACGUGGAUAGAAACAUCAGAGACCAUCAGAAGUUGGUGUUGGGCUACUUUAAGAGUGCUCACGAAUUGCUUGAUAUGGCGAACCAGACGGCUAGUAAUGACCUCGGUGGGUAUGCAGAGUCGCAAAACGAAACGAGAGCAGAUGUUAUUCUCUCCCUAUUUGAAGGUGAGCCGUAUAUUUCUUGGGGUGUGAAAGCUCUUGCAAGGAGCGAAGGACUUUUAGUCAACCAGUCAGGCAAGUUUGAAUGGUCGGCUUUCGAGGGAUAUCAUCAUAAAAGGACUAAUGGUAUUCGAGACACGACAAAGCCAGCUGCCGAGCGUGAUGCAAGGAUCUAUAUUUUUGACCUCAAGGAUCCCAAAACUCCUGACAAAAAGAAAAUUAACAAGCAGAGGGGAAAGCCCAUCAAUGAUAGCGAUAGUGACGAUGAUUAG